CGGGAAAUCAAUAAUGGAGGCAAAGGUGCAAAGAUGUGUUUGUUCCUACAAAAGCCAUUCGGACCGAUUUGUGAUGAAAGGUCGAAAAUUCGAUCUUCAGUACUCGCAAAUCUAUGCAGUUAGACUAAUGGCAAUGAAGAAGAAUCUUGCUGUGACCGUUAAGAAAAAAUGGGGUAAGUCAGCAGUUAUAAAAAAACUUUCUGACCUGCAAAUAGAAGAAACAUGUUGUGUAGUUGGUACAUUGUUCAAAAAGAUGGAUCUGGAACCUAGUAUUCUAAAUGAGAUUAGCCGAGAGCACAACCUCAUGCCACUGCCACCACGAGAAAAAUAUAUUGAUGAAACUGAUGAACUGAUUAUUGAAGAUGAAUCUCAGCGAGUAUCUCUUACUGGCGAUAUUCCAAUUCAGACUUGUGUAACAGGGACAAUCAUAGCUGUUUUGGGACAUGAAAUUGAUGGAGGAAAAUUUUUUGUUGAAGAUUAUUGUUAUAGUGAGCUGCCUUUUCAACCUCAACCAGACUUGGAUCUGGCCUUGACAAAGGGAGAAGACAGGUAUGUUGCACUUAUAUCCGGUUUGGGCAUCGGAUCAGAGGAGCAUAACCAACUUGCACUUCAAAUGUUUGUAGACUUGAUAACUGGGCAGCUUGGCAGUGUAGAGGAUCAAAACGAUUUUGCAAAAGUUGUGCGAGUUAUCAUUGCCGGCAACUGUUUAAGCAAAUCAACACAAUCAAAAGAUAGUGAAAAAAUAGCCAAGUACAUAUCCCGGAACAUUAAGGCAAGCAGUGUUGAGCCAAUGAGAUACCUUGAUGACAUUCUUGUGCAACUCGGUGCAAGCGUUCCAGUGGACAUUAUGCCUGGUGAAUAUGACCCAGCGAAUCAUUUCAUGCCCCAGCAGCCACUGCAUAAAUGCAUGUUCCCGAAGGCCUUGUCUUACCCUACAGUCAAAAGUAUGAGUAACCCUUAUGAGGCCUCUAUUGGCGGCGUGAGGUUCCUUGGCACUUCUGGACAAAAUAUUCAAAAUAUAUAUCAGUUCUCAAGCUACGAAGAUCGAAUGGAGAUUCUUGAAUUCACUUUGAGAUGUGGACACUUAUGUCCAACAUGUCCUGAUACUCUGAGCUGCUACCCUUAUUACACAGAAGAUCCCUUUGUCUUGCGUGACUGCCCCCAGGUAUACUUUGCCGGGAACCAACCUUCUUUUGUCACAAAAACUGUCAAAGGUGACAGCGGGCAAUCAGUACUUCUCAUCUCAGUGCCCGAUUUCAGCACUACAAGCACAGCUGUGCUAGUCAAUCUGCGUGAUAUGACAUGCCUGCCACUUGAACUCGAAGCCUCUAUGUCAGAAAUCGAUGAGCAAAUGGAAACAGAGGCUAGCUAGUUAGCCAAUCACCCGUAAAUGUUCAGUUGGAUUCAGGCAGAAACGGUCAGCUAUAAACAUGACACUUUUCAAUAACUAUGAACGUUAAUAGCAAAGAAUUUAUUGGAAUGUAUCUUAUAGGUCAAAAGUUAUUUAUGUUAGAAAAUAUCACCACAGUAUUUUUC